AUGAAUAAAAGAAACAACUCAGUGACUGAAUUUAUCUUCCUGGGACUUUCCAUUUUUGAAAACAGGACAAGUUUACUUUUACAGAUAUUGUUCCUUCUGUAUGGUACGAUCCUGGCCUUCAACAUCACCAUCUUGUCAGUCAUACUGCUUGACCAGACUCUGCAUAGUCCUAUGUACUUCUUACUCUUUGCAUUUUCUGUCUCAGAAACUUGCACUACAUUUGUUACCAUCCCCAAGCUGCUGGCAUCCCUGUUAACAGGCAAUCAUUCCAUUUCCUUUGUUGAAUGUGCUGUACAGAUGUUUUGCUUCUUUGGCUUGGGGGCAAACAACUGUUUCCUGCUAGUCGCUAUGGCUUAUGAUCGAUAUUUGGCAAUAUGCUGCCCACUUCACUACCAGGUGCUGAUGAACAAAAGGGUUUGUACCAGACUGGCAGCUGCAUUGUGCGUGAUUGGAUUUCUUGUGUCACUGAGUAUUGAUGCUCUUAUCUUCAGGUUGCCUUUCUGUGGGCCCAAUGGAAUCAGACAUUUCUUCUGUGAUCUCUCUCCUGUUCUGAGACUGGCUUGUACAGACACCCACCUGACUAAUAUUUGGAUUAUUCUUUUGUGUUCCAUUGUUUUGCUGGGCACAGUCAUACUGAUUUUCAUCUCAUAUAUCUACAUCCUCUCUGCUAUCCUAAAGAUCAACUCCAGCAUGGGAAGGCAAAAGGCCUUCUCUACCUGUGCUUCCCACAUCAUUGUAGUGAUAACACACUUUGGGUGCGCUGCCUUUGUGUAUUUGAGACCUAAAUCUGCCUCUUCUCUAGAUCAAGAUACACUAAUCUCAGUAGUUUAUGUCUUUCUAACCCCUCUGCUAAACCCUAUGAUUUAUACUUUACGAAACAAGGAAGUUAAAUUAGCCAUCAAAAAACUACUAAGAAAUUCAUUCUGUUAUCAGAAAUUCGGGGGGAGGCAUUGUGGCCUUUGUUAA